AAUAAUUCACGUUUAAUGGCACGCGUUCCUCAAACGGUGUCCUGUGCAGGUCUGAGCGACCACGAGAUCCUCUCGCAGUCCAUGAUCUUCAUCUUCGCCGGGUACGAGACCACCAGCAGCACUCUGUCCUUCUUCUUCUACAAUCUGGCAACCAACCCAGAGGCCAUGAAGAAACUGCAGGAGGAGAUCGACCAGACCUUCGCUGAUAAGGCUCCGGUGGACUAUGAAGCCGUCAUGAACAUGGAGUAUCUGGACGCGGCGCUGAACGAGUCUCUGCGGCUGUUCCCCGUCGCUGGUCGACUCGAGCGGGUCUGUAAGAAAACGGUGGAUAUCAACGGCCUCCUCAUCCCUAAAGACAUGGUGGUGAUGAUCCCGACAUACGCGCUCCACAGAGACCCG